CUGUACCGGGGAGGAGCAGAGCAUCCUGCUGGGAGAAGUGCAUCUGUUGUGUGCCUUCUCUGCAUCCUUCUCUGGCUACACUUUGAAUAUCAAGCCCUACUGAACAGAACAGGAUCCAGGUCGUCAUGGAGACAGGAGCAGACCCUUGCUGGAACAGAGGGUGAUGUGCCAUCAACUACUGGGAGGCAUUUGUCCUCUGCAACUUGUUCAACCUUUGAAGCUUAUGGGAUAGGAGUGUGUGUGCCCCUUCCCAUCCCUCCAGCCCCACUGGAGUCACUUGUGCCAAAACUGAGCUGUGCUAAAGGAGAAGACAUGGGCAGCCCAGGCUGUGAGGUAGAUGUCACCAGGCCAGCGGAGACAGCACUGGAGGCUCUGUGUCCAGAGUGUGGCCAGAUCCACCGCAGCUGGGAAAACCACCUUUAUAACUACCGUCUGGAGGUGGACGAUGACCUGGUGUGCCACAUCUGCCUCCAGCCAUUGGUGCAGCCGCUUGACACGCCAUGUGGACACACCUUCUGCGCCCGCUGCCUCCGGAGCUUCCUCCAGGAGAGGGACUUCUGCCCUCUGGACAGGACACGACUGCAACUGCAGGCAUGCCGCAGAUCCAGCAUCCUGGUGCACAAGCUGCUUGACAAGCUGUCUGUCUCCUGCCCUUUGAGUCCUGUCUGUUCUCUCGGCAUGCCUCGAUGUGACCUGGAGGCACACCUCAAACACAGGUGUCCUGGGACUCGAUGUCAGCAGAUGAGUGUGGAUGGACCACGAUGUGAGAGUGGGGAUGAGCGAGCAAUGGUUACCAGCCCUCCCAGGUCGCCUCUUUCGCCACAGACAGACCUGAGGGAUUGCACGCCCUCGCCACACUCUGGACCUAAUAACGCUUGCAGUAAUGGGCCUGUGUGGACCGACGAUGCUGGCCUUGACAACCCUGCCUUCGAGGAAAGCACUGAAGAAGACAGUGUGGUGGGGUCUGAAUGUGUGGUCCCCAGAGUGAAGCGGCCCCUCAGUAACCCUUGCAUCCAUCUUCUCCGCUCUGUUAGCUCAACAUCCUCUGGCUGGGACUGCCCUGAAUCCCCGCCUUUGUCUGCUGAGGAAGGAUGUGUGAAGUUGCCCUCCCUUCCUGAAGGAGAGAUAACUGCCAUAGAGGUCCACCGAGCAAACCCAUAUGUUGAGCUGGGGAUCAGCAUCGUUGGUGGAAAUGAAACUCCUCUGAUCAACAUUGUGAUUCAGGAAGUGUACAGAGAUGGAGUCAUAGCACGAGACGGGAGGCUGUUGGCUGGAGAUCAGAUACUACAGGUGAACAAUGUGGACAUCAGCAAUGUGCCGCACAGUUUUGCUCGCUCCACUUUGGCACGGCCCUGCACCACCUUGCAGCUGACUGUGCUCAGGGAGCGUCGCUGUGCCUCUCGACCUCCUCCCUCCUCUUCCUCCUCCACCCCAGCUGUGCCCCAUGCACCUUGCUCUACCCCUGAGGGCACCCCAUCCAGCCCCGCCACUCUGAGAAUCACACUACACAAGCGGGACUCAACAGAGCAGCUUGGCAUCAAGCUGGUACGGCGAACGGAUGAGUCAGGGGUGUUUGUGUUGGAUUUGUUGGAGGGAGGCCUGGCAGCAAAGGAUGGCAGACUGCGGAGUAACGACAGAGUGUUGGCAGUCAACGAACAGGACCUGCGCCAUGGCACCCCUGAGCAGGCUGCUCAGAUUAUACAGGCCAGCGGAGAGCGAGUCCAUCUGAUGAUUGGCCGACCCAGCAAACCAACCCCACCCCCACCGCCAAAAUCAAGCUCCACCAGAGACCUUUACUGCCUUGAUCACUUCCUGCCUAAUCACAGCUCUACUCCAAGCCCUGUGCCCAUACACCUGUCCCGCACCAGCACCCACAGAGACUUGUCACAGUGUGUGACCUGUAAAGAAAAACACAUUACUGUGAAGAAGGAACCUCAUGAGUCCCUGGGCAUGACUGUGGCUGGAGGACGGGGCAGUAAAAGCGGGGAGCUGCCAAUCUUUGUCACAAGUGUCCAGCCACACGGCUGCUUGUCUCGGGAUGGUCGAAUCAAAAGAGGUGAUGUCCUGCUGAGUAUUAACGGUCAGGACUUGACAUACCUUAGCCACAGCGAAGCUGUGGGCACCUUGAAAGCCAGCGCUGCCUCGCCCUCAGUCCAGCUGCGAGUGCUGGAGGUCAGUAUGGUGGAAGAGCACGACCAUGAUGAGCUGCUGCCUCACACUCACGACAGUGACUUUGAUGCAAAUUGGUCCCCAUCCUGGGUCAUGUGGUUGGGGCUGCCCAGCUACCUGCACAGCAGCCAUGAGAUUGUGCUGCGGAGGAGCCACCCAGGCAGCUGGGGCUUCAGCAUCGUCGGGGGAUACGAAGAAAGUCACGGAAACCAGGCGUUCUUUAUCAAGACCAUUGUCCUGGGCACCCCUGCGUACUAUGAUGGCCGUCUGAAGUGUGGUGACAUGAUAGUGGCGGUUAAUGGCCUGUCAACAGCAGGAAUGAGCCACUCAGCACUGGUGCCCAUGUUGAAAGAACAGCGCAGCCGGGUGGCGCUUACUGUGGUCUCCUGGCCUGGCAGCCUGGUAUAGUCAGGACAAGAAAAUCAGGAGGCUGCGCACUCCAGAAUGUUCUAUAUUGGGAACAACCUUGGCCAAAGUGAAAUGGGACAUGCUACUGUACAUCACUCCAUAUCGGGAUUAAUCCAGGACCAAAAGCAUUCAGAACCACUGAAGACCCCAGCAGGACUAAGCCUGCCCGUACCAGGUGGGAAGUGAUCCAGAUUGUACCACGUCACUCGACAGACUGCACUCACAAAACACACUGCUGUGUUCAUAUGGUCAUGUCUUCACUCCUGCAGGGAGAAUGGUACUGCAACUGUUAACAGGCGAUCUGUGCUGUAUCCACCUCACCAGGCAGUAGUAGAAUCCAGGGUUAUAUUCAGGUGGAGGGAACGUCACAGUAGAAAAUAAAAGAAAAGGAAGGGAAAGAAAAGAAAAGAAAAGAAAAAAGGAAAAAAAAGUGGACUGAUUCUCAAAUCACUUUAAAAAUCAAAAUUUCCCACCACACGUUGUAUCCAUCUGAAUAAGCCUCAGGCCUUAUUAGAAACCUGCCGCAUCCUGAGGGCCUCAACUGCCCUCAGGCAUCAUCACCAUGACAACCAGCUGUCCUGUCAGCUGGUGUUUUAUACAUGUGUGAAUGUGUGUUUUGUUUGUUUAAUAAACAUUUCCUUUCAAGGAAAA